AUGGCUCCUUCAGAAACAAGCCCUCUCAUAAGGCGCGAAGACGCAUCUUCGCCAGACGCUUCAAGGGCCAACAACGAAAACAAUGCAUUACCCCGCGGCACAUUUGCCGCCCGCCUCGGCGCGCUCGACGGCUUCGCCCUCCUAAUCUCCAUCGUCAUCGGCUCAGGCGUCUUCUCCUCCCCAGGCCCCAUCGACGCCAACGUGCCCUCUCCCGGCGCCGCGCUUCUAAUAUGGCUCUUAGGCGGCAUCGUCGCAUGGACCGGCGCGCUCACCAUGGCCGAGCUGGGCACCACGUUCCCCGGCGAGGGAGGCAUCCAGCCCUAUUUAACCUACAUGUACGGCGAAGUGUGGGGCUACAUGGCGGCGUGGAGUUGGAUCGUCGCCACGAUGCCGGCGACGCUUGCUAUCCUUUGCAUCGUCUUUGUGGAGUCUAUAUACUCCUCCUUUGGCGUUAACGAGCCGCAUCCGCCGAUCACGCACAAGUUACUUUCUGUUUUGGUGCUUGUGGUUGUUACGACGGCGAAUUCGAUCAGUACGAAGACGAGCACGCGGCUCAGUGGGUUUUUCGUCGCGGUUAAGCUGUUGACCAUUUUUCUGCUGAUCGUGGCGGGGCUGACUGUUGUCGCUAUUCUCUUUGACAGGGGGAAGGAUCUUGGCGGUGGGGACUGGCAUGAACGAGGGUGGUUUGAGCCGCGCGAGACGGUGUUGCCGGAUGGGAGUUUGUUUGAUUGGAGGGGCGUGGGCACGUGGCAGAGCUUGGGGUUUUAUAGUACGGCGCUUUAUGGGGCGCUUUGGGCGUAUUCGGGGUGGGAUAAGGCGAACUAUGUUGCGGCUGAGUUGAGGAAUCCGAAGAAUCAGCUCCCGCUGGCGAUCAAUACGGCGAUCCCGACGAUUAUUGUGUGCUACGUUGCCGCGAAUGCGGUUUACUACGUUCUGCUGCCCUGGAGGGUUGUGUCCACCACGGAUGCUGCUGCUGUUACCGCAGUAACACACUUCCUCGGCAAAGGCGUCGCCUACUUCGCCACAAUCCUCAUCUGCCUCGUCAUCGCAGGCUCCGCGCUCGGAAACUCCUUCGUCGCAGGCCGCAUGACCGUCGCCGCCGCAAACAAGUCCUGGAUCCCGCGCGUCCUCGGCACAGUUGGUCAGAUCGGGCCGUUCAAGGUCUCCAAAUCCUCAACCGAAGGCGAAGAAGACGCCGACGAAGCGAUGGACAAGGGUGAAUCUCCCAUCAACGCACUUAUCCUCAACACCGUGCUCUCGGCUGUAUAUAUCCUGCUGGGCAAUAUGCGGAUUCUGCUGACGCUGAAUGGGCUGGCCGAGUAUGCUUUUUUCUUUUUGACAGUGUUGGGGGCUAUCGUUCUGCGCUUCAGGGAACCGGAGCUGAGGCGGCCUGUUAAGCCUUUUAUCGUCAUUCCUGUUAUUUUCGCUAUAAUUAGCGGGUUCGUGCUGGUGAGGGGCGCGGUGUUUGCACCGGUGCAGGCGGGGAUUCUUGUGGGUGUUUGGGCGGUUGGCGUGGCGUUUUAUUUUGUUAGGAGGAGGGGGCUGAGGCGGUGACUGGUGUGAGAUGGAUGGAGGAGCAAUUUUGUUAGGACUGCAAGUGUGAGGUUGACUUUCUGUCUCGAGUUGGGUCUUGAAAAUCUUACGAGGAUCGUAGAACUUUCAGAAAUGACGCAACGCCAAAUCACGGGCGAUCUUCUGCAAUCGCGGGGUCGGAUUUAAGCUUAAACUUAAGCUCAUCCAUGGAGACAAACAUAGCCAAUGAGAGGCCAGUCCCUUGCAUGUCGCGAACCAUGAUCGGCCUAGCGCCCGCUCCCAAUUCCCCAUCGUCAUUGUUGUUGCCGCGGGCUGGUGCGGGCAAGCGUCUGUCAUGGCUACGUCACAGUAUGCG